CAAAAAAUUGAACACACCAGCAGUGUGAGGAGACCUGAAAGUGGCACAUGGCAUGGCAGAGUGUGGCGAUGGAGACAGCAGCAAUGGGAGGCCGUACAGGGACCCAUGAGAGACUCUGGACUUGGCAGCAGCAUGAGGAGGCGGUAUAGGGGCCCAUGGCAGAUUAGGGGCCUGGCAGCAGCUAUGGGAGGCCGUAAUCUGCCAGCACCCUAUGACAAAAAAUGGAACACACCAGCAGUGUGAGGAGACCUGAAAGUGGCACAUGGCAGAGUGUGGCGAUGGAGACAGCAGCAAUGGGAGGCCGUACAGGGACCCAUGACAGACUCUGGACUUGGCAGCAGCAUGA